AUGAGCGUUCCUCCAUCCCCCGAGCACUCUCAACACGGCGGGAGCGGCUACCCGUCCCCGAUGUCCUCUCCUUCUCGCGGAAAUCAGAGAGGCGGGUCACUCCGGGGAAGUUUAGAGUACUCUCGCGAAGCUUUGUUUCCGGAGUUGUUGGUUCUGCAACCGAGCGCGAUCGUGGAUCACAUCGCGGUCUCCUCGCGAAUCGAGGAACACGUGGAGGGAGAGAUUGGCGGGUCGAGACCGAUAUCUUUGCAGGAGUUGAAACAAACGCUCGCUGGUUUGGGCGAGUGGAGCACGAAAAUUGGUGGCAGUGCCACCAACGUGUGCUCGGGUUUAGCGCACGGAUUCGAAGUGAACGCGGGCGUGAUCGGCGCGUACGGGGACGACGAAAUGGGCGACUUCUUCGAAACAGCGAUGAAGCGAAAUAAAGUGAACACGACGUAUAUGAUUAGGAAAGAAGGGAGGCAAACUGGAAGGUGUUUGUGUUUGGUGCAUCCGAAAACAGGGCAGCGAACGAUGAGACCCGCGUUUGACGAAAACUGUCGAUUGUUAGCGAAGGAGAUUCCCGAGGAGGCGUUUAAAGGGACGGUCGUGAAGAAUGUCUGGAUGCGGAAGUGGGUAAUUUUAAACGCGUACGCGUGUUACGGAGAGGAUGAAUUGCUCGAACGCGCUUUGGAUACCGCGGAGAUGCAAAAAGCGAACGUGUGUUUCCAUUUGAGCUCGUUCGAGUUGGUGAGGAAAUUCAAAGAUAAACGCAUUUCGGAGUGUUUGCGCCGAGAGUGCGUAAAGAUUGUCAUGGGAAAUGAAGAUGAGGUGACAGAGUAUGGAAACGGGGACUUUGAGAAAGGCUUGGAGUUGUUGAUCGCGAGCGUGGACAUCGUCGUCGCGACAUUAGGUGAGCGAGGAUUGGUCGCAUUGGAAAGGAAUCGGCAAAGCGGAGAGAUAAGAAGAAUUGAACAACGAGCGUUUACACCGCCAAUGAAGAUUAUCGAUACAACUGGCGCUGGGGACGCGUUGACGAGCGGGUUCAUGUAUGGCAUACUGAGAGGGAAGACGUUGGAACGGUGUUGCGAGAUCGGAUGUUUAACCGGCGCCGCGGUUUGUACAGUGUUUGGUGCUGAAAUCGACGAGACCGGAUGGACGUUCGUUUACGACAGAAUGUUUACUUUAGGCGAACGUGAUUUAUCUGGAUUUACCAAACGCAACGAUUCGGCGAUCGCAAAGUUGGCGAGAGGCUCGGCUAAAGCAGUCCGAUCAGAACUAUUGGAGUGUUUCGAGUUGAUUGAAAAGUGGAAGCGAGGUAUCGUGUAUUACGGGUCGGCGAGGUUGAAACCGGAAACGGAAAUUUAUAAACAAUCGAAAGAUUUAUCGAGAAGAUUGGCGGAACUAUUGGGCGACGUGACGACGUGGACUGGCGGAGGCCCGGGAAUGAUGGAAGCGGCGUCUCUAGGCGCCAAGGAGGCUGGAAAAGUUGUCGGUGGUAUUCGGAUUGCGCGCGAAGCUGGAACGAGCGUGAAAUCGACGAAACAAAGUUAUUUAGAUCCGGAUAAAGAGGUAUAUUGCAGAUACUUAGCGCCGAGAAAAGUCGCGCUCACGGAUGCCGGGGUGCGGAAAACGAAGGAAGAUAAAACGGCUUACAUCUUUCUUCCCGGCGGAUUAGGUAGCAUGGAUGAAUUUUUUGAGCUGUAUACACUCGUUCAGUUGAAGAAACUGGGCAGCGAACACAAAGUGCCGAUUAUUCUGGUAAAUUACGAUGGUUUUUACGACUGUCUUUUGACGUUUAUCAAAACAAUGAUCGAACAAGGCACCGUGGGAGAGAAUGACAUAACGUUUAUCACGUGCUUGAAUACGAACGACGAAGUCGUCGACUUUCUCAAGAGCUUCUAUAGCUUGUGA